CCUCCCCUGCCCGAGAGCUCCAUGGAGAAGAUGAAGAGGUUCAGAAGGAGGCUGUCCCAGACUCUGAGAGGUAGUCAGACCAUGGAUGAGUCUCUGUCUGAACGGGCUGAACAGAUGACUAUAGAGGAGAACGGCAUCAAAGACAGCGGUGAGUGUGUGUGUGUGUGUGUGUGAGAGAGAGAAUGUGUGGUUAUGUGGAUGUAAUGUACAGUGCAUUCGGAAAGUAUUCAGACCCAUUCACUUUUUCCACAUUUUGUUACGUUACAGCCUUAUUCUAAAAUGUAUGAAAUAGUUUUCCCCGCCUUAUCAAUCUACACACAAUACCCCAUAAUGACAAAACAAAAACAGGUUUUUAUACAUUUUUGCAAAUGUAUAUAAAAAAAAUUAGAAAUAUGACAUUUACUCAGCACCUUAGUCUGCGUUUACAGCCUUGAGUCUUACAUUUACAUUUUAGUCAUUUAGCAGACGCUCUUAUCCAGAGCGACUUACAGUUAGUGAGUGCAUACAUUUUCAUACUUUUUUCAUACUGGCCCCCCGUGGGAAACGAACCCACAACCCUGGCGUUGCAAGCGCCAUGCUCUACCAACUGAGCUACACAGGUAUGAUGCUACAAGCUAGGCACACCUGUAUUUUGGGAGUUUCUCCCAUUCUUCUCUGCACAUCCUCUCAAGCUCUGUCAGGUUGGAUGGGGAGCGUCACUGCACAGCUAUUUUCAGGUCUCUCCAGAGAUGUUCUAUCGGGUUCAAGUCCGGGAUCUGGCUGGGCCACUCAAGGACAAUCAGAGACUUGUCCCGAAGGCACUACUGUGUUGUCUUGGCUGUGUGCUUAGGGUCGUUGUCCUGUUGGAAGGUGAACCUUCGCCCCAGUCUGAGGUCCUGAGCGCUCUGUAGCAGGUUUUCAUCAAGUGCUCUGUACUUUUCUCCGUUCAUCUUUCCCUCGAUCCUGACUAGUCUCCCACUCCCUGCCGCUGAAAAACAUCUCCACAGUAUGAUGCUGCCACCACCAUGCUUCAUCGUAGGGAUGGUAUUGGCCAGGUAAUGAGCGGUGCCUGGUUUCCUCCAGACGUGACGCUUGGCAUUCAGGCCUAAGAGUUGAAUCUUGGUUUCAUCAGACUAGAGAAUCUUGUUUCUUAUGGUUUGAGAGUCAUUUAGGUGCCUUUUGGCAAACUCCAAGUGGCCUUCAUGUGCCUUUUACUGAGGAGUGGCAGGCCACUCUAUUAUAAAUGCCUGAUUGGUGGAGUGCUGCAGAGAUGGUUGUCCUUCUGGAAGGUUCUCCCAUCUCCACAGAAGAACUCUGGAGCUCUGUCAGAGUGGUCACCGGGUUCUUGGUCACCUCCCUGACCAAGGCCCUUUUCCCCCUUCUCCCCCGAUUGCUCAGUUUGGCCAGGUGGCCAGCUCUAGGAAGAGUCUGGGUGGUUCCAAUUACUUCCAUUUAAGAAUGAUGAUGGAAGCCACUGUGUUCUUGGGGACCUUCAAUGCUGCAGACUUUUUUUGUACCCUUCCCCAGAUCUGUGCCUCGACACAAUCCUGUCUCGGAGCUCUACGGACAAUUCCUUCCACCUCAUGGCUUGGUUUUUGCUCUGACAUGCUCUGUCAACUGUGGGACCUUAUACAGACAGGUGUGUGCCUUUCCAAAUCAUGUCCAAUCAAUCAAUUUCGAGUCUCAUAGCAAAGGGUCUGAAUACUUAUGUAAAUAAGGUAUUUCUGUUUUUUAUUUGCAAAAAUGUCUAAAGACCUGUUUUCGCUUUGUCAUUAUGGGGUAUUGUGUAGAGUGAUGAGAUUAUAAUUUUUUCAUCCAUUUUAGAAUAAGGCUGUAACGUAACAAAAUUUGGAAAAAGUAAAGGGGUCUGAAUACCUUCCAAAUGCACUGUAAGUCAAUGAAUGAGACUGUCUGGCUAUGUGUUGUUUGACUGUACACACUACACACACUUUUUCUCUUUAACAUCCGGAACACACACAUAUCAUCAGUAUUACUUCUUCAUGUUAGAGUCCAGUGAAGGUUGUAGCCGGCGAGGCGUCAAAACAAAGAUAAGGUGACAUAGCUGGUUAUAAUCGCUCAGCUUGGUAUAGUCUAGCGUCUGGUGUUGACGGUGGCUGCUAUGGCGUUGCUAUGGUGCUGCCUGUUCAGGGUCUGGAACAUUCUAGAGUUUCCAUGACAUUGCCACGGCGACUUUGGGAGGACUGUGAAAGCAGCUGGGCAUCUUGAAGCACAUUUCUCUCCUCCUCCUCCGUUUUCUCUCUCCCCUUCUCUCUCUUCCUCUCCUGGCUUUAUCAAGAUUUUCCCCAGCUCGCCCCUUCUUAAAUUUUUCAACAGCUUCAGCUUCCCUCUCAUUUUCUCUCCUUUUCCCUUGCUCCCCUCUCCUUUUCUCCAACAGAGGAUGUUGUUUUCACUCAAUCAGCUCAUCUAAGUUUUUUUGUCUGUUAUUUAACUCCAGAUCUGGCCUGACCAUUCCCUGCUCCUGAAUAGGGACAUACAAGGUGUGUGUGUGUGUGUGUGUGUGUGUGUGUAAUAUUAAAGUUGUGUGUGUACGUAGGAGGAUUUAUUUGUGUGUGUGUUCUCUUUUUAUGUGUGUGAUUGUGAUAUUUCCCAUGAGCAUGGUGCUUGUACAUUCUGUGCGGAGGGGAGUGCGUUGCGGCACUCUCUAACGUGUUUGUGACAGUACAAGUCAUAGAGCGAGAGGAGACAGAAUGGAGUGGCCAGAUAGAUGAGAUCAGAUGAACCCACCAUGGUGUCAUUGGGAUGAAACCUAAUAUCCUUGCCUUGAUCUGAUUUGUGUAACACAACAUAACAGCAGCACACAGCAGGAGUAGUGGGACAAGAGAUUUAGUGUGUGUGCGCGUGUAUGUGUUAUCUAGUAACUGCGUGGGAUGGAGUUUGUUUGUGGUCAUCUGUUGUGUUGACGGACAUUGUUUGUUUCGUCUCUAAUGUAAUGUUCUUCCUCCUCCUUGAUCUUCAACCUAUUGUUGCUGCUCUCUAUAUCCCUCUUUCUGUCUAUACAUGGAUUCAUAUCUUUCCACACACAGGGCCUAAUAAUACCUAGUGUUUUCCGUAAGUACAAGGAGUAGCCAGCCAAAUAUAAAAAGUAGCCAGCCAAAUAUAAAAAGUAGCCAGCCAGGGAGUUCCGGCCCUGGAAAAGAAAAUCGCAGAAAAGCUCUAUUUUGGUGGCCUCUGGUACAUUCUAAUGCCUUGAUUCCACCUGAAAUACACAGCGAAAUUAUUGAAUUCUUCGAAUAACCACUUUACCUUUCCAGAUUGGUCAAAUAAGUUGUGGUAUUGAGUAUAAUUUUUUUGACAAUUUUUUAAAUGACUGAAAAUGUAUGAAUUCAGUGUGUUGUUAGUUCUUUUGGAUAUCGCCUAGGCCUAUAUGAUCAGGACUAUAGAUAUAACCUUUUUAACAUUAAACUUCUCCUCUUGAGAUUGAAGUAAUAUUUACAAAUUAUGCAUUUUAUUGGCUGUGCUACUGUGGUCGCUUAGGGUAAGGAAACCAAUGUGUCAUUUUGUAAUUUUAGUUCUGUCAAUCAAUCACUGUGGGUGGGAUUGUCAGGGGAGGGGGCAGAAUGUGUGUGAGUCACGGAGUUGGUAGGGUUUUAGACCUGUCAAUCAAUCGCUGUGGGUGGGAUUGUCAGGGGAGGGGGCAGAAUGUUUGUGAGUCACAGAGUUGGUAGGGUUUCAGACCUGUCAAUCAAUCGCUGUGGGUGGGGAAUUGUCAAUUUAUUUUAUUGUGGCAAAUAAAAUGUCCCAAGUUUCAUGAGCUGAAAUAAAAGAUCCCAGAAAUGUUCCAUACGCACAAAAAGCAAAUUUUGUGCACUAUUUUUUUUUUACAUCCCUGUUAGUGAGCAUUUCUCCUUUGACCAAAUAAUCCAUCCACCUGACAGGUGUGGCAUAUCAAGAAGCUGAUUAAACAGCAUGAUCAUUACACAGGUGCAACUUGGGCUGGGGACAAUAAAAGGCCACUCUAAAAUGUGCAGUUUUGUCACACAACACAAUGCCACAGAUGUCUCAAGUUUUGAGGGGAGCAUGCAAUUGGCAUACUGACUGCAGGAAUGUCCACCAGAGUUCAUUUCUCUACCAUAACCCACCUCCAAUGUAAUUUUAGAGAAUUUGGCAGUACGUCCAACCGACCUCACAACCGGAGACCACGUGUAACCACACUAGCCCAGGACCUCCACAUCCGGCUACUUUACCUGCGGGAUCGUCUGAGACCACCCAGACAGCUGAUGAAACUGUAGGUUUGCACAACCAAAUAAUUUCUGCACAAACGGUCAGAAACCGUCUCAGGGAAGCUCAUCUGCGUACUCGUUAUCCUCACCAGGGACUUGACCUGACUGCAGUUCGGCGUCGUAAAACUGUUUGCAACAAGGCACUAAAGUAAUACUGCAUAAAAUGUGGCAAAGCAAUUACCUAUAUGUCAUCUGUCAUCAUGAAGUGCUUUGAGAGACUAGUGCUUUGUGAGGCUAGUUAAGGAUCAUAUCACCUCUACCUUACCUGACACCCUAGACCCACUUCAAUUUGCGUACCGCCCCAAUAGAUCCACAGAUGAUGCAAUCGCCAUCGCACUGCACACUGCCCUAUCCCAUCUGGACGAGGAAAACCUACGUAAGAAUGUUGUUCAUUGACUAUAGCUCAGCCUUCAACACCAUAGCACCCUCCAAGCUCAUCAUUAAGCUUGGGGCCCUGGGUCUGAACCCCGCUCUGUGCAACUGGGUCCUGGACUUCCUGACGGGCCGCCCCCAGGUGGUGAAGGUAGGAAACAACACCUCCACUUCACUGAUCGUCAACACUGGGGUCCCACAAGGGUGCAUGCUCAGCCCCCUCCUGUACUCCUGUUCACCCAUGACUGCGUGGCAACCCAGGCCUCCAACUCAAUCAUCAAGUUUGCAGACGACACAAUAGUAGUAGGCCUGAUUACCAACAAUGAAGAGACAGCCUACAGGGAGGAGGUGAGGGCCCUGGCGGAAUGGUGUCAACAAAACAAAGGAGCUGAUCGUGGACUUCGGGAAACCACAGAGGGAGCACGCCCCUAUCCACAUCGACCGGACCAGAGUGAAGGUGAAAAGCUUAAAGUUCCUCGGCGUACACAUCACUGACAAACUGAAAUGGACCACCCAAACAGACAGUGUGGUGAAGAAAGGCACAACAGAGCCUCUUCAACCUCAGGAGGCUGAAGAAAUGUGGCUUAUCACCUAAAACCCUCACAAACUUUUACAGAUGCACAAUUGAGAACAUCCUGUCGGGCUGUAUCAUUGCCUGGUACGGCAACUGCACUGCCCGCAACCGCAGGGCUCUCCAGAGGGUGGUACGGUCUGCCCAACGCAUCACCGGGGUCACACUGCCUGCCCUCCAGGACACCUACAGCACCCGAUGUCACAGGAAGGCCAAAAAGAUCAUCAAGGACAUCAACCACCCGAGCCAUGACCUGUUCACCCCGCUACCAUCCAGAAGGUGAGGUCAGUACAGGUGCAUCAAAGCUGGGACCGAGAGACUGAAAAAACAGCUUCUAUCUCAAGGCCAUCAGACUGUUAAAUAGCCGUCACUAGCCGGCUACCACCCGUUACUCAACCCUGCACCUUAGAGACUGCUGCCCUAUAUACAUAGACAUGGAAUCACUGGUCACUUUAAUAAUGGAACACUAGUCACUUGAAUAAUGUUUACAUACUGCUUUACUGAUUUCAUAUGUAUAUACUGUAUUCUAUUCAACUGUAUUUUAGUCAAUGCCACUCCGACAUUGCUCGUCCUAAUAUUUAUUUAUUUCUUAAUUCCAUUAUUUUACUUUAGAUUUGUGUGCGUUGUUGUGAAUUGUUUGAUAUUACUGCACUAUUGGAGCUAGGAACACAAGCAUUUCGCUGCACCUGCAAUAACAUCUGCUAAAUAUGUCUAUGUGACCAAUAAAAUUUGAUUUAGAUUUUUUGUCCUGAAUACAAAGUGUUAUGUUUGGGCCAAUUCCAAUACACACAUUACUGAGUACCCCUCUCCAUAUUUUCAAGCAUAGUGGUGGCUGCAUGUUAUAGGUAUGCUUGUAAUCGUUAAGGACUGGAAAGUUUUUCAGGAUAAAAAAUAAGAUGAAUGGAGCUAAUCACAGUCAAAAUCCUGGAUUAAAACCUGGUUCAGUCUGCUUUCCUUCCACCAGGCACUGGGAGAUUAGUUCAACUUUCAGCAGGACAAUAACCUAAAACAUAAGGCCAAAUCUACACUGGAGUUGCUUACCAAGAAGACAAUGAAUGUUCCUGAGUGGCAGAGUUAUAGUUCUGAUUGAAAUCUGCUUGAAAAUCUAUGGUAAGACCUGAAAAUGGUUGUCUAGCAAUGAUCAACAACCAAUUUGACAGAGCUUGAAGACUUUUGAAAAGAAUAAUGGGCAAAUGUUGCACAAUCCAGGUGUGGAAAGCUCUUAGAGAAUUAACCAGAAAGACUUGGCUGUAAUCGCUGCCAAAGGUGAUUCUAACAUGUAUUGACUCAGGGGGUUGAAUACUUAUCUAAUCAAGAUAUAUUAUUAUUAUUAUUAUUUAUUUUUUUACAAAUGUAGAAUUCUUCUUCCACUUUGACAUUACAGAGUAUUUUGUGUAGAUCGUUGACAAAAAAUGACAAUUAAAUCCAUUAUAAUCCCACCUCGUAACGCAACAAAAUGUGGAAAAAGUCAAGGGGUGUGAAUACUUUCUGAAGGCACUGUGUAAGGGUUGGACAUUCAGAUAAAUGAAAGUCAGAUAAAUAAAAAGCAGAUAUUUUGCUGAGGGUUCGGCACGGAUUAAUGAAGUGGAAAAAUUAGCCGGCUGACAAUGACUCUUAUUUAGCGGACGGCCGGUGCUUAUGGAAAACAUUGAAUACGUACCUCCAUGAUUAUACCUAAAGGCCCUGUGUUGUUUUUGACCAUAUGACCUGACUAAAACAGGGUUUAGCCUCCUGACUCUACCUACAGUAUGAUAGAUGGUGCUCUAAGCCAAGCUCUGAAUUGUAUGUACUGGACUGAACUGAACUGGUUGUCACAUAGUUCUCUUCUCUCCCCCUCCACAGAGCCAAUGGUGAGGAACGGUCACGGUCGCCCCCCCUCAGUCCACAGUGUUCACUCCUUCCUGCACCAGUACACAGGUCCCUUUAAGAAGCCCACACUACGGAGACCUCAGAGUGUCAUAGGAGGAGGAGGGCUAGGGCCUCUCAUGGCUAUGCCCCGCAACGGCAGCCGCCUCGGUGAGACACACACACACACACGGGCAUGGACACACAAACACACACACUGUCAUUUGAGUCAGGGGAGAGGGCAGGACAGUGGAAACUAACCAGGGAGUGGCUGCUAUAGUUCCCAGCAGCAGCUGUGGAUGACAUCAAGUUGAGUUGAUGGAAAGAAUAACCUCACUCAUACGUUUAUGGGGCCCCCUGGUCUUAUCAAACACAUUUAUUUGAAAUGUUGACUUCAUGACAAAAAUCUGUCUGUCUCUGUCCCGCCCCCCUUCUCUCCCCCUCUCUCAGACAUUGUCCAUGAGAACAUGAAGAUGGGUUCUGAUGGAGAGAGUGACCAUGCAUCAGGGACGAGCUCAGACGAGGUGCAGUCUCCCACAGGAGUGUGUCUAAGGAACAGGGGCAACCGACGCAUUUCCGCAGAGGUGAGUCUGACACCUCUUCAUCCCUCUAUCACUACAUCCCUUCUUCACCAACUCCAACAGAGGAUAGGAAGUGUUGUUUGGGAGAGAUUCAGACAAUCUUGGAGGACAGUGGAAGUUGGAAAAAAAGGUUUUUAA